AUGACAGCCAUGUACGAAUGGAGACCUAUACAACAACCAGAAGAAGUAGAAAUACCCUCAUCAAUACCAGUAGCAACACCAGACUUAUCACCCCAUUCUAGAUCACCAUCACCUACUCAUUCCCUGGAACAACAAACACCAACAUUAGAAUCUGACUUCCUUCUUCAACAAUACCACGAGCAAGAAUUACCAUUAGAAGUCAUAGAAUAUUUCAUUGCAAACAAACAUGCUUGGGGUUAUCUAUAUAGCUUGACCGACGGCUUUGCGUCACAUGGACUGCUCGAUACAUCGAAUGCUACGUCAAACUCAGGAUAUACACCAUUGAAUGAAAAAUCACAAGAUAUUACCUCUUCUCUCUUGAUGCCUUCAGCAUAUGAUAUUGGUAGUGAUACAUCUUGUCACAUUAGAAUACCUGGUUUGAAUAGUUGCCAAUUUUUCAUAUACAUGCGUUGGAAAGAUAAAGGUGAUGGAUACAGUAUGUAUUUCUAUAUAUUUGAUCCCAUUGGUGAUAGCAAGUUGAACGAUACUUUCCUUCCAAGAAGUGUGGAAUGCUCCCUCCAACAUGGUGAUACUAUUACAAUCAAUUUCAAGAAACACAUGACCUCUGAUACCCCAAAUGAGCUACUGAUAUUCCAAUUCUUUACAAACACACCAAAUAUCAAAUGUUUUAAACAUGAAAAUGAAACUAUCAAGGAUUUCUACUCUUACAACGAAAAUGACGAAAUUGGUCAUGGAUCAUAUGGAAAAGUGUACAAAGCAAUCUGCAAAUCAAAUCAAAAAGUAUUUGCCCUCAAAGAAAUUCAAAUGGAAACAAGAAAUCUACUAGUCAGUAAUAGUUUAUACCGAGAAGCAGCUAUCAAUGUAUGCCUGAAACGUCACCCUUGUAUCAUUGGAAUAGAAAAUGUUAUAGAAGAAUGGAAAAUGCUUAUGGUGUGUGGUACAAUGCGAAAAGUAUCAAAGAGGCUCUUCUUAGUAUUGGAAUAUGGAAAAGAUGGGGAUCUAUUUGAAUUGGUGAACAGUGACUAUGAAAUGCAUGAAAUACGAGCAGCCAUUAUUUUUGAUCAAAUUUUCCAUGCUGUGGCUCAUUUACAUCGUCAAGGUAUUGCCCAUCGAGACUUGAAGCUUGAAAAUGUUGUUGUCACCGAUGUUGCCAAAUGUCAAGUCAAGUUAUCAGAUUUUGGCCUUGCUACUUUUGAACGACCUGGAAAUAUCUUUGAAACCGAAUGUGGUACUCCUUUAUAUACUGCACCUGAACUACUGGCUAUGAAUUGCGGUUCCACAGCCAACUAUACCAAAGCAAUUGACAUCUGGUCACUUGGCGUUAUGUUAUACGCGGCAUUAUCCAAAUCAUCACCUUAUCCUGAACAUAUUCUGGGAAAAAAGUAUGAUAUGCUGGUACACAUGAGGGAUAUGGUCUUCCCUGGAUUUGAAGAAAAAGUAUGGGAAGCUAUUUCUAAUGAAGGGAAAGAUUUGAUUCGAAGAAUGUUAGAAAUACACCCAAAGAAACGACUUACAAUUGAAGAUGUAUUGGAACAUCCUUGGAUGGUGGCAACAAGGGAACUUCCUGGUAGAGAUAUUAAUCUUACAAAAUAUAUCAAGGGUUAG